CGAAUUAUAGCGUUUGUGGUUUGCUGAAUGCCACGGUCAGGAAAUGCGGUGGAGAUUAUCAUCGCGGGAACUGCGCCACGAGUCGAGCCAGGGCCAUGGCGGGGGGAUUCUCUUUGUUUUGCUGCCUCUCCUGUCAGAGGUGGAGACUCGACUCUUACGCAACACCUCCUCGCUCUGUGGACCAUAGAACGACAUCAUGAUUGUUCUUGGCGCGACCUUCGUUGGCUGCGUGUGCUUUGUCACUGGGCUAGGGCAUUUCCGUAAUAUGAUUCACCGGGCGGAUUCCUCUUCUCUUCUCAGAAGUGUUGCCCAGCUCAACUCGUCACCACCGACUGUGUCCGUCACGACAUUCAUCAACUCACUCAGAUUGUUAUGUCGCACGCAUCAAAAUCUCAGUGGGGCAGCGUUAUCUGUUCCUGACACCGCCAUUUUCGAGCUCAUUACUCCCAUCAAGUGUCAUGUAUGUUCGCCAGCGCCAAGGAUGACGUUCUUCGCCUUGAGGACCGCCGCUCCCCACUCAGCAUUCCUUCUGCUCUCCUUGCGAUUGUGGUUUCGACGAUCUCGCGUGUGUCUCUUCGGAUCUCACCGCUGACUUGUCCGACGUGGUCGCUGCUUACCUUGACGUGCCGGACGUGGCCUAUCUGAGUGGUGCGGUGAUCCAACU